AUGAACAUGUCACCUAACUUACCUGCAUUCGGUGACACUAUCGAGUCGCUAGUCGAGCAAGGACUCAUUUCAGAGAGCCGUCUUGACGAAUCUGUGCGGCGCAUCUUGGAAACCAAACGGGAUCUCGGACUGCUCGAGCCAGACUAUUACGAUAGCUUUGGGCGUGACGGAAUGGAUAGUGCGUCUACCGUUGGCGAUGCUGCUGAUCAACAGGCCGCGUUAUCGUUGGCCCAGGAGUCAGUAAUUUUACUGGAGAACCACAACAGCGCUCUGCCUAUUGACCUGACAGAAACGACAAAUAUUUUUGUCACCGGACCUGUGUCGGACAACAAGGGCUUUCAAUGUGGUGGAUGGUCCGUGUUCUGGCAGGGAUCCAGUGACUCGACGCUUUUCCCGAAUGGUGCUACCUUCAAGAAAGCCGUUCAGGCCAAGGCAGCGUCCUCGGGCGGGCAAUCGAAGCUACAUCAUCUCGAGGUGGUUGAUAUUGAUGGCAAUGUGAACCCUCAGGACUUUCAACGAGGAAUGCAGCUUGCCGCCAAAAGCGAGUACACCCUGGUUGUAUUGGGUGAGCCAAACUAUGCGGAGAAGACUGGCGACUUGCUAGGAAGUAUGGCUUUACCUGCUGGACAGUUGUGGUACCUUGAGGAGCUUACAAAGCUGAAUUCGACCAAGGUGAUUGUCGUGCUGGUUUCUGGUCGUCCUCGUUUGCUCGAGGGGGCCCACAACCAUGCUGACGCUGUUAUCCUGAGCAUGCUGCCAUGCGAGCAGGGUGGCCAGGCACUGGCGGACGUGAUUUUUGGGGUUGUGAAUCCGUCAGCGCGAUUGCCUAUUACCUACCCAGCGCGAAGUACCCAUGUCCUGUGCAGUGGCAAUUUGGUCACGGACUCAGCUACUCGAAAUUCGAGUACUCGACAUUACGACUUAAUGCCACUCAGGUUCACGCUACAACGGGAGCGCUGA